UGUCUUUUAACAAGUUGCAUUUGCUAUUAGACAAAGAUGAGAAAGAGAGAGAUGGAGAGAAUAUUGACACUCAUUUCUUUGUUUCUUCUCUAUGUUGCCCUGGCAGUUCAAGUGGUUUCUUUUUCCUUUGGGCAUUCACUUUGCUCUUCACAUGAUUCCAUUGCACUUCUACAGUUUAAGCAUUCACUUGCCGUGGCGGACUAUCCACUUUUAAAUUAUUAUGACUUCUUUUGCCCAUAUUCUUAUCCUAAGACGACGUCUUGGAAUAGGAGUAGUAUGGAUUGUUGUAGGUGGGAUGGAGUUACCUGUGAUAGAUUCACUGGUCAUGUGAUUGGUUUGGACUUGAGUUGUGGCAAACUUGAAGGAACUAUCCAUCCCAAUAGUAGCCUUUUCCAGCUUCGUCAUCUUCAAACGCUCGAUCUUUCCCUUAACAACUUUUCGUUAUCUCAUAUUCCACGGGGCAUAGGUCAGUUGGUCAGUUUGAUGCAUCUCAACCUUUCUUAUAGUAUGUUCGAAGGAGGGAUUCCAUUAGAAAUCUCACACCUGUCCAAUUUGGUUUCGCUUGAUCUUUCUUAUCUCUUCUCUCUCCAGUUUAGCCAGGAAGGAUUCAACAUGCUCUUUCGAAACUUAACCAAAUUAGAGGUACUUUCUCUUUCUUUUGUAAACAUCUCAUCCAAGAUUCCCAUGAAUGUAUCAUCCUCUUCUUCUUUGAGAUAUCUAGAUCUUGGAAAAACUGGCUUGCAUGGCAACUUGCCAAAAAGCAUUUUCCUUCUACCCAAUUUGGAAACUCUCAGAUUGUCAGGAAAUCUUGAUCUCACUGUUUCUUUCCCCAAGUUUAACUGGAGCAGUAGCCAUACACUAACUGAGCUAGAUCUCUCUCGCAAUAAUAUUUCUGGAGGACUACCUGGUACACUUGGAAGUCUCAAAGCCUUAAAACUUAUGAAGCUUCAUUGGUGCAACCUCGUCGGACCUAUUCCCGAAUCCAUCAGGAACCUUUCACAAAUCACUGAACUGGAUCUUUCAUACAACCAUUUGGAGAGCAAAAUUCCUGAUGCUUUUUCCGACUUGCAAAAGCUUACAUUCUUAGCACUGGAUGGCAACACCUUCUCUGGCCUGUUCCCAUCUUCCCUUGUCAACUUGACAAAGCUUGAAGAUUUGAGAUUGAGUAACAAUUCACUCAAUGGUCCACUUCCUUUAACUGCUAACGGGCUUCAAAAUCUAUAUCGACUAGUUUUGUCUAAUAACUCACUCAACGGCUCAAUCCCGUCUUGGAUGCUUAGUCUUCCUUCAUUGACUGAGUUACAUCUGGAGAGCAAUCAUCUCAGUGGACCACUUCCUGAGUUUAAGCCCAACUCUAUAGAAUGGCUUGAUUUGUCUCAAAAUCAACUCUGUGGUUCCAUUCCUCAAUCGCUUAGAAAUCUUGUGAACCUAAGCGAUCUUAAUCUUGGACAAAAUAAGUUGGUCGGGGAGGUUGGAGCAGAAAUGUUUUCAAGCAUGACAAACCUCCGAUAUCUUGAUCUUUCAUCAAAUAAUUUGAGUGGUGAGGUAGGAGCAGAAAUGUUUUUCAGCGUGACAGACCUCAUCCGUCUUGAUCUUUCUCAUAGUGGUUUAUCAUGGAGUAGCAGUAAGGACAACAUCACCAUUCUUGCACUUUCGUAUUUAAGUUUAGGCUCUUGUCGUGUGAAAGAUUUUCCAAAUUUCUUCUUGAACUCGACGAGCUUAAAGUACUUGGAUCUCUCGGAGAACGAAAUUCACGGCCACUUCCCGAAAUGGUUUGAUGGUCUGAGUUCAAUGAGAUUCCUUAACCUCUCUCACAACUACCUUACAAGCUUAGACCAUCUACCUUGGCAGACAAUGACAGUUGUUGAUCUUCAGUCAAACUCACUCACUGGACCUCUGCCGUCCUCCCUUUGCACAUCAACUUACCUUUCAUUUCUGGAUUUGUCUUAUAACAAUCUGAGUGCUGAAAUCCCCAAUUGUUUGUUGACUUCUUUCUAUCUGACGGUCCUAGACUUACGAGCAAACAACUUUUAUGGUCCCAUUCCAAACAAAUUCUCGAACUUUUGUGGGCUAGUUCAUAUUAGUUUGAGCAAAAAUCAGUUGGAAGGUCCAAUUCCAAGAUCGCUAGUCAACUGUGCAUCCUUAAAAGUCCUUGAUUUGGGAUACAACAAAAUCCACGAUCCAUUUCCCACUUGGCUGGAAACCUUGCAAGAGUUAGAGGUUCUCAUAUUGAAAUCUAAUAGAUUUUAUGGAUCAAUCGUUGCUAUCCAAACAAAAUCGCCAUUUCCAAAUCUGAGGAUCUUUGACCUCUCUGGAAAUUCUCUUACUGGCCCUUUACCUACCCGGCUUCUAAAAGGUUUCAAAGCUAUGGUAAACAUGGAUACACACAAAUCAAAAUUGGAAUAUUUUGAGGAAGAUAUUGGUUAUGUUAAUCGCGCAAAGCAUGCGGAAAUUCUUGAGUAUCGGAGUCCUCCUAGUGCUGGUGCUAGUGAUGCAACAUAUGAGGAAUCAGUGGAUUUAGUGAUGAAAAAUCAAGAGACUAAAUUCAGAAAGAUCUUGAAGAUAUUCACAACAGUUGAUUUAUCAAUGAACAAGUUCGAGGGAGAAAUCCCAAAGUCCAUUGGGAACUUGAAUUCACUUCUGCUGCUGAAUUUAUCUCACAACAACCUCACUGGACAUAUUCCUGUUGAAAUGAAGAAGAUGGGCACACUUGAAGCUUUGGACCUUUCAUUUAACCAGCUUACUGGAAAAAUUCCAGAGGAAUUGACAAGUCUAACAUUUCUUGCGGUUUUAAAUCUGUCGCACAACCAUCUUGUUGGACCUAUUCCUCAUAGUAAUCAGUUCAAUACAUUUCCAAAUGAUUCAUAUUUUGGAAACAGUGAUUUGUGUGGGUUUCCAUUGUCAACUGAAUGUGGGCAUCGUAAGAGUGCAUCAGUACCAGGAUUAUUGGUUGAACAAGAAGAAGAUGAGCCGAGUUUUCUUAGUGAAAUGACUUGGAAAUCUGUCUUAAUUGGGUAUGGUUGUGGCUUGAUAUUUGGAUUUACCGUCCUGUAUCUCAUAUACUGUUUUGAAAGGCCAAGAUGGUUCGUAGACUUUUUUGCAACUAUCACUCAUGAACUGACAUACAGAACAAAGAGGAGAGGUCAAAGACGUAGGAACUUUCACAGAAGAAGACACUAAAAUCUAUGAGAUGGCAACCAGAAAGUAUCAAGAAGCAAGAGAGGCCAUUAGUGGCUUUGGAAAAUAGUGGUAUUAGUAUAUUUCUGCAAUAUGUGCAAAAAGUAAGAGAAUGCAGAUCACUGUUAGUGUUUCUUAAGUAGUACUCCUAUUGUAUAAGCAACUUGUUAUCCCGUUUGACUAAAUUCUACGUUGGUGUGUUUCGUGCUUGCUUCCCUUUUAA